UACUGUCCUUCGAAGCUGCAAUUGUUCUGUUUUGUCCCCGAACAUUUGUUCAGAUAGUGCCACGAGCAUUCACGCGCUUAAACGCAUCUCCCUGACGAACGCGCAUCUGAAAUAUUUUCGAGACCCCCUUAACUUGCUCGAUACUAUUUGAAAAAUGGUCUCAUUAAAGCUGCAAAAACGACUAGCAGCCUCCGUCCUUAAAUGCGGGACUCGAAAGAUCUGGAUGGAUCCUAACGAGAUAAGCGAGAUAUCGAUGGCGAACUCUCGUCAAAACAUCCGCAAGCUUGUCAAAGAUGGAUUUCUUAUCAGAAAGCCUGAAAAGAUCCACUCCCGUGCUCGCACACUUCGGGGCCUUGCUGCGAAAAGACUCGGACGUCACACUGGUUAUGGAAAGCGCCGGGGCACUCGUGAGGCACGUCUGCCAACCAAGGUUCUCUGGCUUCGCCGACAUCGAGUCCUCCGCCGUCUGUUAAAGAAGUACCGCGAGGCAAAGAAGAUUGACAAGCACACAUACCAUGAAAUGUACUUGAAAUGCAAAGGAAACGUAUUCAAGAAUAAACGCGUGCUAAUGGAAGCUAUUCAUAAGACGAAAGCUGAGAAGGCCCGCGAGAAAUCAAUCGCAGACCAGUUUGAGGCACGUCGCACUAAAAACAAAGCAACCCGCGAGAGAAAAAUAGCGCGAAGGGAGGAGCGCUUAGCAGCAGGUGCAGCCAUGGAUGUGACUGGCACCGCGAACAAGUGACAAGGAGUGCAAUUCUGUGUGGGAACGACUGAUGAGAUCACUAAUAGUUUUUCUGUUAUAUAUGCAAAGACCGACACGUGUAGAAUCCCCUGAGAGGAAGGACUGCGCAACUGUGCAACUCUCAAUAGUGGAUAUCAAAAUGAGUUUAGUGCGUUGUGAUAAUAAUUCCCUGUGACUUUUGAUAAAAAAACUC